AUGGAAAUAUUUAAUAUUUGUAACCAUAGUAGUCAAUUAAAACAGGAAAUAAUUAAUAAAAAUAACAAUUUUGAUUUUUAUAAUAAAAAGUGUAAUGAAAGUUUGUCUACUGAUACGGAAUACAACGUUGAUUCAUUAGAUAAAAACAUAGAGAAAUUUAAUGAAAAUACAGCUAAUAUAUCCUUAGAAAAUAAUAAAAUGAAAAACUAUUUUGAUGAAAAAUAUGAAGAUAUAAAAAAUGAAAAGAAUAUUAUACCUGUAGAAAUAGAGCAAAAUAAAAGAGUAAAUUUAAAUUAUAAUAAAAAUUAUGAAAAUAAUAGUAAGUUUUUCCAAAGUAAUAUAUCUAAUAAAAAUAAUGAUUCUGAGAAAUUCAUAAACAGAAAUUUUUACUUAAAUAAAAAGUCACAUUUAAAAAUAGAUGAAGAAGAAAAAAAAGAAAAAGUUGCAUUAGAAAAAAAUGAAAAAAUUCUAAAUGAUCAGUAUUUAUCUCAUAUUAAUUCUAAAAAUGAUGUAUUGAAAAAAUCUAACAUUUAUUUAUCAGAUACUUGUCAAAAUAACAUGCAAACACAUUCACAACAAACAAUAAUGUGUGAUUCACAGCAGAAUUUAUUAGAUAUGAAUCAAAAUAAUUUUCAUGUAAAUUCACAGCAAACAUUAAAAUAUGAUUCAGAGCAAAACUUAUUUGAUUUUUUUCAAAAUAAUUUAUACACUAUUCCUAAACCAACGUUAGUAUGUGAAUCAGAAAAUAAUGAAUGUCAACGAGUUCCGUUAAAUAAUAAUUCAAAACAGUUGAAUUAUCCUUAUAAUAUGAACACAUUUAAUAAAUAUGAACAGAAUUUAAUAAGUGAAAAUCAUCAAAUUUCAGAUAUAAAAAAUGAAGAAAAUAUUAUGAGAAAUGAAAAUAUUCAGAAUGUGAAAGAUCAAAAUGACCAAAACUUAGAAAAUGAAAAUGAGGAUAAUAUUUUUGAUGAACAAGAAUACAAUAUAAAAAAUAAAGAUGGCGAAUUUUUAAAAAAUAUAAAUGAACAAAAUAUAGAUAAUCAAAAAGAGAAUUAUAAUCCUAAUUUUUGUAAACAAAAUACAUUUAAUGCAUAUGAGAAAAUACUGAAUGAGAAAUUCCUGAAUAAUAUUCAUAAUUCUUAUGAACAAAAUUGGGGGGAGCAAUAUCAACAAAAUUCUUUGAAUUCAUAUGGACAAAAUUUAACAGACAUAAAAAGAAUAAAUUUAAGAGAUAUAAAUAAAAAUCAUAUAUAUAAUAAUCAAAUAACAAAUAUAUAUAAUAAUGAUGAAUUAAAUUUAAAUCAAUCAAACGAAAGAAGUUAUUAUAAUAGAUAUGGAAAUAUUCAACAAAAUAAUUCUUUUUUACCAAAAAUUAAAUUACCAAAUGAUGUUCAAAAGUCAUUUGUCUCUAAUGGUAUCAUGAAACAAGGUUUAAAUGAGCAAAAUAAUGAAUCAAGUAAUGGGUUUAUGACAAUAAGAACAUUAAAUAUCAAUUCUAAUAAUAAAAAAAUGAAAGAAAAACAAUUGAAAGGAUUGAGUGAUAUAUGCAUUACUAAAUCUGUUUCUUCAAAAACAAAUAUGCAUAAUAAUAAUAAUAUGAAAAAUUUUAAAAAUAACAACAAUUAUAUUAUGAAAAUAAAUAGUUUAAGGAAUAUGAAUGCUUCUUUUUAUGAAAAAAAAGUUCCCUAUAAAAUGAACACUAUGAAUAAUAUCAUUACGAAUGAGCUAGAAAAUUCUUCAACUAUGCUUCAGAAUAUUAAUAAUAAUAAUUCCAACUUUCAGAAUAAUCAAAAAUAUCUAAGUGGAAAACAAUAUCUAAGUAAAUAUUUAGACAAUCAAUAUAAAAUGGAUGAAAUAAAAAAUUGUAUACCUGAACCAACUUUAUAUAUAAAAGAAAAUUUUGAUGUUCCACAGAUUAUCCAAGGAUUAACGACAAAACAUAAUAACGGAAUUGUAUCAGAGUGUAAUCAUGAUACUAUUAUAGAAUAUGAUAAUAAAUGGAGAUUAGUUCAUGGAAAAACGUUUGCUAUAAAUCAAAAUGACAACUUUAAAUCAGUAGAAGAAUCAGCAGAAGCAUUUCAUAAAUAUUUAGCUAAAAAAAAUGAAGAUACAAAAAAAAUGCUCAUGAAUAGUAAUUUUAACUCAUUAACAGGAAAACUAGUAAUAAAUCCAGUUUAUGAUGAAAAUGAAAAUAAUAUGAGUAAAGUUCACAACUAUAAAGACACUUUGCACGCUUAUCCCAGUUAUUAUAAUAUACCUCGAAAUUGUCAACAAAAUGAAAAUGAAUUCGAAAAAAAUAAUCUAAAAGAUGCCGUAGAAGAUAUAAUAACAUUCAACAAAAAUGAAAAUAAUGAUCAUAAUAGCAAAAAUGAGAAAAUAACUAAGAAAAAAACUAUGGUUAAAAAACAAAAUUUAGCCUUAUGUGGUGAUUAUUUAUUAAAACACAGAAUAAAAGACUUUAUAUCAGUUAAAAUGAAAGAUUACUUUAAUGUAAAUUUAUUUAAUCAUUAUAUAUGA